AAAGUUGAAUUGGCCGGAUGCACAGACAUUCAUUACCCAAUUCUUUCAACUGAUAAAAAAAAAAGCAGCGUUAAAGGAAGCGAGUCGUCAUUUUCUACAAGCUAUGGUGAAGCAGCAAAACUGAAGAGCUGUAGUGAGUCAUUCCCAGUAAUUUCCAGGGAGCAGCAACAGUCGUCAUCCUUCAAACUCGGACAUUGACAAUGGAUUAUAUGAAACCCCAAAUGGCAGUUCAUUCUUCCAUUUUCAGUCCUCCUGACCUGCAUGCUUUAAAUGUUGAGAUAAAGGGUAUUGUAUGGGUACUUAGGUUAGCUCACCAAUCUCAGGAUAAUGCACUUAUAUACACUUUUGCAACAGCUUUUUCUGUUGAUAACAAUGGGUUGAUUAUGACUUCUGCUUUUCCCUUUAGAAAUAAACCACUACCCUGUAUUAAUGCUCGUAGGUUAGAUGAUGAUGCUUUUUUAUAUGAAGUUAAGGUAGUUCGUAUAAAAUCUAGAUGGAAUGUUGCAUUAUUGAGAGUUAAGAAUGUUCCUUGUUGCAAUUUUGGGAGAUUUGCAGUUGAUAGUUCGUUAUUUGAAGGGCAAAAGGUUUUACAUAUGGGGCAUCCGGGUAAUUUUGUGGGUUCUUUGACGGUUGGCACCGUUGUAUUUCCUUGUGUGGAUAAUGUUCAUGUCCCGCUAGACAAUCAAAAAUGUGAAAAUUACACUUGUACUGCAUUGAAUAUCACUCCUCAGUAUCGCAUUAUGGGCAAUAUAUGGAACAGUGGUGUAUGGGUGGGAGCUGAUCUAGAGGACUAUGUAUUUGAGAGGCAACUUCACCCUCAAACUCCUAUAAUACAAAUUUAUGGUCUUGGAUUUAGAGAUGGUUGUUUGGGUGGUCCAGUUUUUAACAUUAGAGGGGAAAUUGUGGGAAUGAUGUCGAUGAGUCAUUUGAAUUUUGAAAUUGCUAUACACGGAAGUUUACUUCGACAAGUGUUGAGCGAAAUAGAAGAGAAAAAGGAAGGGGGAGAUAACAAACAAGAUAAGAGUCAGGCUGGUUGUUCGAAGAGACGUAAAAGAUGAUUGGAUUACACAAGUUGUUCGAUGAGACAUAAAAAAACAAUUUGAUUACAAAAAUGUGAUAUGUGGAAGUUUAGAAUAUCCUAGGUUUUAUUUUUUGUUUAAUUUUACUGUCCAAAAACUUAUUUUGCUAUGUGAUAAUGAAUGUCAAUGAAGUGUUAAUUGUUAGCCUA